AAGGCUACAUCUUCUCAAAAGUUUGAUAUGAGAGGAUAUCUUAAAACCCAGAGCUGGGUGUUUAAACUUCAGCCAAAGAGCACCACUGUAGGAAGAAACAAGGAUUCUGACCUUUGUCUCCAGAAUGGCGGUGUGGAUGAUCGACAUGCAGUGAUAGAAUGGAGCGAAUCAGAGCGCUGCUACAUUAUCAGCGAUCUGAACACCGCUCACGGGACAUAUGUGAAUGACUGUCGGAUUCACAAUGCAACAGUGCGUCUUACUCCUGGAGACGAGCUGCACUUUGGCUACGGUGGCUCCACCUACGAGUUUGCUUUGGACAGCACAUCACCACUCCCUGUUCUGCGUGCACAGUGCCUUGCUCCGCCUACCAGAGCCUGGGCCGACCCUUCGGUUACCCCUCACCCGCCAAAGCAAACCCGUCCUGCUAGUGCAGGGGCCAAAAGGAGUAGCCAGGCUCUGGGCUCCUCCACGCUGGGGUCCCACUCCAACAGACCAGGAAGUUGGACAGGAAAUACAGGGAGAGGACAAUCCCUCAGAAAUGUAUUAUCAUCCCAGAGCUCCCAGUAUACGCAGCACUCCAUACAGGAGAAGGAGGAGAACCUGCUGAGGAUGAGGGAUGAUGCGAGGCGUCUGGUUGUGCUUGAGGAUGAAUGUAAGAGGAAAGACAGAAUGAUCACAGCGCUACAGCAGGAAGUGUCAGCUCUCAGAGAUCAGCUCACACAGAACCAGACGGAUCCAGAGACUAGACAAAGACUCCACAGCCUGGAGAGAGAAAUCAAUGACAAGAAAGAGCAAAUCCAAGAGCUGAGGGAGCAGAUGCUGGAGCUGCAGAGAGGUUCUGCUGAGCUGUUCCAGCAGGCGGUGAAAGAGCGUGACCAGAAAAUCAGCAGCCUCAGGGGGCAGGUGGAGAAACUGAGGGGUGAGAGCAGCAAAGCCUCAGGUAUGGUUAACAGUCUCCAGAGUGACCUAACUGCCAGGGAAAAACAGGCCCUCAAACUAGCUGCCGAGGUGGACAAACUCAGACAGAAUCUGAGACAGAAGGAUCUCCAGUUCACAGCAAUGGCUAACAAGUUCUCAAAAAUGAAAGAGAACCAGAAGCUUGAAGAGGAGAUCCUUGAAAAAGAGAGGGAAGUGAUUUCCCUGAAGAAGGAUGUGGAGAAGCUGGAAUUGACCGUGAAAGACAGGGAGAGAGAGCUAAAGGAGCAGAAAACAGAGAAAAAUUCCCUCAGACAGUCAUUGGAGCAGAAGAGAGAGGAACAGGUCUCUCUACAGACUGAAAUACAGACACUGCAGCAACAACAUCAGCUGAUCGUUCAGAGAGAUAAAAAGAACGAAGAAGAGCUGAAACAGACACAAACAAGGUUAAAGUGCCUUUUUAAUGAGAUAAUGCGGUCUACAGACAUAACUGCAGACGCAGUAUCAGACCAACAGGUGAUGGACCAGUUAACAGAACUGAUGAAGCAGCUGCAGAUGUUCAGGUCUAGAGCUCAAGAAAUGGAAGAGACUCACACAGUCUCCAUACUAACCACUCUACUGGAGCUGCUCCAGGAUAUUACCCAUGAGUUACAGGACUCUGGAAUACAAGUGUCACAGUCAACUGGAGUUAUAGGUGCCAUCAAGGCCUUGUGCCAACAGCAUGAGGAGUGCCAGGCAGAACUGAGAGAUCUUAGGGUGGCUCCACACAGCCCGGCCUUGACUGUGACACGGAGGGAUCUAACUGUUACGUUUCAGGCUGCUGAGAGCCAGCGUGGAGAGGUGACCAGAUUGACAAAACAGCUGGAAGAGGUGACAUCUGAACUGCAGUCAGUCAGGAGAACUGAGACUGCUCUUCGUGAGGAGAGAGAGACCCAGGAAAGAGCAUGGAUUUCCAAACUGAAAGCAUUGGAGAGGCAGGGGACUGAACUGAACGAGGGAAUAGAGGAGGGAAAGCAGAGAGAGGACGAACUGAGGGAGAGACUGAGAGAGGCAGAGGAGAGAGAGGCAGGGUGGAGGAUAAGAGCAGAGGAGGCCAGGCAGAGAGGAGCUGAGGAGGAGAGAGAGAGAUACAGGGUGGAGGAGGCGGAGUACAGGGAGCAGGUCCGACAGCACGCCCACACCAUCGUGGCUUUGGAGGAGCGUCUGAGUGCAAUCAAUCAGAGUCUAAGGGAGGUGGAGACAGAGAGAGACUCACUGAGGGAGCAGCUGAGAGAGUCCCAAAGUAAACUGGAAACAGAUAAAUCCAGCACUGCUACUCUAACAUCAGCUGAACAACAGCAACUGGACCAGAACAUCAGAUUACUCAGGUCUUCAUUGGCAGCGUCCCAGCAGGAGGCGGUCACUCAGGGUGAGGUGAUCACAGCACUGAGCCGUGACCUGGCCCAUGCCCACGCCAGAAUCUCAGACAUGAAAGGUGAGCUGAAUGAAGAACAGAAGCUGGAGCUGGAGAGACACAGAGCUUUGCUAGUGGACCAGAAGAUGCAGCUCAGCACACUCACUCAGAAAUUAAAUACAAUGUCACAGCUGGUGGAGCAGAAAGAUGAGGAACUGAAGAACACAAAGCAGAAGAUGAAGAGAAAAGAGACAGCUGAAAAUGAGAGGAGGGAACUGCAGAAGAACCAAACAGAAGACCAGACUAGCAUGGUUCCUCUCCAGUCCCCAGUUCACACCAAGGAUGUGGCCAUCUUAACUGCUUUCAGUGACCUGUCAGAGCAAGGGUCAAAGUGUAAAGGUCAUCGACAUGAAGAAGUGAUCCAUUCACAGCAAGAAGCUCUGAGUGAAAUGAGAGAGAGGAUGAGAGCUCUGAAGCAGAAGUGGCCUAUCAAGCUAGUUGCCCAGCAGGGGGAGCCAGAGAGACAGAGACAGAUGAAGCCACCAAAAAUACAGAGGUCCACAACACAGAGAGGAUCCAUCACUCACACGUCUGGCUUUGCUCUGCCUGAGGCACUGAGUGAGGCAGCGCUGGAACGCACAGCUAGACUGGACAUGUCUGAUACUCUUGACCUGAGUGAGAACACAUAUGCAGAGCUUGUGCAGGCACUUUGUGAAGCACUGGAGCUGAGCGAGGGGCAGCUGUCGGGCUGUGCCUCACUAAAGCACCUUCCCGCGGGGGAGAGAGAGCGACUAGCAUCCCUUAGACAGAGAGACCUGGAGUUUCUCAGGACUCGCCUUGCCCUGCAGCGCAGCCAAAGUCAACGCAAGGAGCUACAACUUCAAGAGAGUCAGAGAGAGCUUCAAACACUGAGGGAGAGCCAGGCACAGAGCCAGAGUUUGCAAGCAAGACUAGACAGUCUGAAGGCAGAGCUUCAGACACAGCGACAGGAGAGUAGCCUGCUCAGAGAGGCCCUGGAGCAAACCCACAGCCAGCUAGAGCAGGAGAGAGGCCUGAGGUUCCGCAACCAGCAGCGCGGCUGUGCUCUCAGGAGCCGCCAGGCAGCAAGUGUGGAAAGGUUGGAAAGAAGGAGUGGAAAAGUGACUCCUCAUAACUGUGCGCUGAGUGAAACCAGUGAAAAGGCACGAGGGAGGAGAUUAAGCCUGGAGGAGAAGCUUAGGAGGAGAGACUACGAGGUGGAGAUCCUGAAGAAACAGCUGUGUCAGACAGAACAGGAGCUACGCACCGUGGCCUCCCAGCUUGCUCAGCAGAAGCGGCUGGAACAGGAGACGCAAAAACAAAAGGAGCCCAAACACAAGCAGAGUGUAGAGCUCAUAGAAGCCCAGUGA